GUUACACUAAACUCAUGGUCGGACUCGCCUAUGAGAUCCUAGAACGGAUAUCGCGCAUGCUUUCUCAGGUCGCACCAACUCACCGAGCCUAAAGCAACAUGAAUAGCAGAAGCAACUUUUCCUUGGUAACUUUCUGAUCUCCGCAUUUCCUGGGAGUCGCGCAAAGGCUCUAGGGUGUUCGGAGUGUUCCGGGCUACAAAGGCAGGGAUGAAUCGAGUUCGACGAUACACCUCGAGUCCUGGCUCCCAUUAUGAUCUGCAUUCCAAAGGAAACUGCCAUCGAUCUGGGUCAACAAGCUCUGCCCUCCCUUGCGUCCGGACCACCACUCCUCCUUACUUGUCACCCAGGCCUUCCAGCCCAGCAGUGACAUUUCACAGGCCAAGAUGCAUGGCACCGCAGCCUGUCUUCGUUUAGCGCCUUUGCUGACUCCCCCGGGACACGAUAGCUUUUGAGUUUAUUCAGGCUCACCGACUGUGAUAAAAUGAUCGCCUUUGUUCAAGUCUGGCCCAGUCCACUUUAAGAAACAAAAGCACCGGAUAGUCGAUGACAUACAUUGACCGGCCAUGGCCUCUCAAAGGAUGCUCCUCGCCAGUCUCGAGUUCUGACUUCGGACUCUCUACACCUCUCCAGUCAUCUAUGGCAGACUUCCCCUCUUCUAUCUACAGACUUCAAGUCAAGUUGACCUAGGGCGCGAGUCUCCCUCCUUCCGCCAGGAUGGGAGAUGUUUCACCUACUCCGCAUCAGCUUCUUGUAGAAGCUAUUGUGUUUUGGAGUAUAGCGGUUGUGAUUUAUGUAGGACGGAUGAUCUCACGAACAAUUGCGGGCGGAUCAAUCAAACGCUUAUUCUGGGACGAUUAUGUUAUGACGGCUACCUUUAUGAUAUACACAACUCUGCUCGUUCUCAUUCAAAUCUCCGCCCGUUAUGCCACGAAUCUCAUGGACCCCAAAGAUUAUGGCGAGGUGUUAGGAGACCCACAGCAAGUCAGCGAUCGCAUUUAUGGAAGCAAAAUUGUCAUCGGCUUAGAGCAGUGCAUGUUAGUCUCAACGUGGGGCGUCAAGACUUGCAUGCUGAUUCUCUACUGGAGGAUCACGCAAAACCUUCGCUCCAACUUUUACAUCAAGAUUCUCUGUGUCUAUGUGGCACUCGGCUUCGUUGUCAUAAUGGUCACCUACUAUGGAGUUUAUUGUCGGCCAUUCAGUCAAUAUUGGGCUAUGCCCGUGCAAAACAUGCAGUGUGCGACCUACCAGCGCUACUCAAUCACGCAAGCAGUUUUCAACAUCUCUUCGGAUGCCAUGAUGUUUGCUGUUCCGAUUCCACUCCUCGUAAAAGCCCAGCUCAAGCGACGCCGAAAGGUCUUGCUGCUAGGUGUCAUGAGCCUGGGUCUUUUUACCAUCAUCGCCGCUAUCCUCAACAAAUACUUUAAUUUUGCCUCCCCACUCACCACCACCUAUCAAAUCUGGUACAUCCGGGAAGCGAGCACUGCGAUCUAUGUCGCGAACUUGAUGUGUUGGUGGCCCCUUUUGCGAAAGCUAUUCGGACUCAAGGCCUUCUCUUACAACAGCAACCGCGGCAAUCGAGGCCGAAACCCCAAUAACCAGAACAAGGAUAGCAGUGGCUACGCCGAAGGAUCUCGAUCCCGACCAUCCGUGUCCCUCCCAUGCCCAUUAAAAUUUAUCCGACCAGGUUUCCGGAAUGGGGGCCAAAACUCUCACACUGGAGGACACGGGGAUACUCAUCGCUCCAGCCAGGAGGCUAUAACACACGCCUCGAAUGAUUAUAUGGAGGAGAUUCAUCGAAUCGACGCUGUUGCAUUGGAAGACUGGAAUAAAAAGGGCCAUCGGGACAUCGAUCUUGAGGAUCAAAAAGGAACCAGUCAGGAUUCGAUUACGGUGUUUGAAACGGACCAAUCUAAAAGCUCGUCUCGACAGGAUCAUGUUCAUACGGUGACAUGAACGUUUAAUUUCCGGUGUAUAAGACUGCCUUUUUCACGGGCGUUCAACAUGGGUUUCUAUUGUCAUUUUACUCCGUACAUCUCUUUUCUUUGGUAAAUUUUGUGGGGGCCUUUUUUGUUCGAUACCCCGCUGAGGUACAUUGGCUCUUUCACUCCCCCUAGCCACGCUGUUUAAAUAGAGCACAAAAUGUGCCCCUAAUUACACAUCUCAACUGGUG